GGGGUAGCUGCGGGGACUCCGGAAAAACGACCCUUCACCCGGAAAUGGUUGUUGAAGAACAUGGCGUUGCUGGUGCGAGUCCUUAACCAAACUAGUAUAACCCAGUGGGUUCCAGUAUGCAGCCGAUUGGUACCCGUGCCCCCUCCUCAAGGACAGUGGCACAAGAGGCAGUCUGGCACUUCCCAGUGGCCGCAGAUGAGCCAGUCCCUAGCAUGGGUUGGAUCCGAACAGAUGGCUGGAGUAGACAUACAGCUGAGUAGAAAGUAUCACACCACAAACAAGCUUCUUACCACCCAGGGUUCUCCACAGCCCGUUGAGGAGAAAGUUGGUGCCCUCACGAAGCUCAUUGAAGCCAUGGGAUUCACUGGACCUUUGAAAUACAGUAAAUGGAAGAUUAAGAUUGCGGCCCUGCGCAUGUAUACUAGCUGUGUGGAGAAAACUGACUUCGAGGAAUUCUUUCUAAGGUGUCAGAUUCCUGAUACAUUCAACUCCUGGUUUCUUAUAACCCUCCUUCAUGUCUGGAUGUGUCUAGUCCGAAUGAAGCAAGAAGGCCGGAGUGGGAAAUACAUGUGUCGUAUCAUAGUUCAUUUUAUGUGGGAGGAUGUUGAACAGCGUGGCAAAGUCAUGGGGGUUAAUCCCUAUAUCCUGAAGAAGAACAUGGUCCUCAUGACAAAUAGUUUUUAUGCUGCAAUCUUGGGAUAUGAUGAGGGGAUCCUCUCCGAUGAUCACGGACUGGCCGCUGCCCUGUGGAGAACCUUCUUCAAUCAGAAAUGUGAAGACCCCCGGCAUCUUGCACUGCUGGUGGAAUAUGUGAGGAAACAGAUUCAGUACCUGGACUCCAUGAAUGGCGAGGAUCUGCUUCUGACAGGGGAGGUGAGCUGGCGCCCUCUGGUGGAGAAGAAUCCUCAGAGCGUCCUGAAGGCCCAUGCUCCAACUUACAACGAUGAGGGUCUUUGAUGGCUGGACCCUCCAAACAGUGAGCCAACUGGCUUGAGGAACUUCGGAGGGAAGAGAUGCCUGUUUUGCCCAGGACCCAGCAGAAAGUAGCCAAACUGACCUUUGAACAGCAUCUCCAGCUCCUUGACCCCACUUGUGCUGAUUUUCUUCUUAGUGUGCCCAACAGCCCAUUCUCGUGGGAUGCGGUGCUCAGAGAAGCCCUAGCUAGCCCUUCUGAGGUGCCCUUUCCCAUAGAGAAGCAUUAAGCAAGAACUUUCCGGCACACACUCCCCAAGUCCCCCUCCAGCAACUCUGUGUGACUCACUGACAGCUGUUCCCAAAGGCCAGGGAAAAGAUGGGAGUAGGUCAGAAAGGGGGGUACCCCACCAAAGGCCCCCUGUCGCCGAGGGGCACUUUGUAAGGCUGCUGGGUCAAGAUGGGUAACUGUACUUCUGACCCCUGGCUUUGAGCCCCGAGGCGGAGUUGGCCAUGAACAGAAACAGACUGUGCCCGGCUCCUCUUCCCUGUGAGGUCUUUGAGAAGUGGGUCAGAGGUGGGGAUGGCAGGAACUGAGGCAGACCGCCUGGCUCUGCUCUUGCAGUUACUGCGCGUGCUCCGUUUAUGGAGAUGUGUCAUUUGCCCUACCCCAAGCACAACCUGCCAGGCCCAGCCUCUCGGACCCAGGAGACCACCGAGUCAACCUAGUCAUUUGGAAAGAGGCCUCAAGAAUAAACUCCCCCUUCACCCAUUUCACAACAAAAACCUAAAAACAUAAAUAAUGUUCCCAGAGGUACCAUCAGUGUCUGCCUUUCUUGGCCCUCCUUGCCUGAGAGACAGGAGAAGAGAGGAGCCUCCUUUCUGCCUUAGUCCCCUUCUGUCCUAGGUCCCAGCUUCGGGGCAUCCCUGACAGACCAGUCCCCUCCUCCCUCCGAGCACUGAGCACUGGCCCUCUCUGGGGGAUUUUCUUUAAAUUGAAAAAGGGAGCCAGGGAGUCAUAUUGUUUACCCCUCCCCCAAUCAAACUUCCUUCACUUGACUUGCUAUAAAAUGAGUCAUAUAAAGAAAUUCUAUAUGGCUGAGGUAUAUCCCACUUCUGUGAAAACAUUACAAAUCAAACCGCCGUCUCUCGGUUUAUUUAAGAUGCUUUUGUUGUGAGUGGAGCUCUAGGGUGAAGCCUUCACUGUGUGUGUGAGAUAAUAACACCUUGUAACUCAUUACAGCUGGGCACUAUUUACAUAAACCAGAGCUGAGCCAGGCAGGAAUUUGCUGAUUAAUUUAUUUUUAAUGGAGUGAAGUAUACCAUGCACCAAAAUAAACUUUACUGUGUGUACCUAA